CCUGCGCAGGCAUUGCUGCUGCUCUCCUUGGUCAUCUUCCUCCUCUUCCCCUCAUUGAUCUCUCGGCUUGCCCAUCCACAUCAUCACUUCGUCACAAUGUAUCGUGCAGCUCUGAGAACGGCCUCACGGCCCGCGGUUAGCGGUUUGCGCACUUCGCUCGUUCGGACGGCUCCCCGGCGAUUUGCCUCAACUGCUCCCGCAGACAAGGCUCGGUCAUGGAAGAGCUCUGCUGUUCGAUGGGGUUUGGCGGUUGCUGGUGUUUACUACUAUAACACGAGCUCCGUCUUUGCUGAUGAGGCUGAGGCUCACGCCCUGCCCGUCCCUGCGCCUUAUACCGAUAACGACCUGCCCACCGUCGACGCCUUGAUCGAGAAAAAGCGAAAGGAAGUUAGCCCCAAGCCUGUGGAGGUGGUUGCCACAAAGGCAGAGACGCCCAAGACCGAUGCUCCCAAGACUGAUGCCAAGUCAGAAGCACCUGCUCAGAGCGCUGCCGGCUUUGGCGGACCCGAGGCCCUGGAGGAGGAGGCCAGCCAGGAGGGAGCUUUCAACCCGGAGACUGGAGAGAUCAACUGGGACUGCCCCUGCCUUGGUGGCAUGGCCCAUGGCCCCUGCGGAGAAGAGUUCAAGACUGCCUUCAGCUGCUUCGUAUACUCGACCGAGGAGCCCAAGGGCAUGGAUUGCAUUGAAAAGUUCCAGGGCAUGCAAGAAUGUUUCCGAAAGUACCCUGAGAUCUACGGCUCCGAGCUCGAAGAGGCCGACAAUGCUGAGGCUGAAGGCAGCGACGAGGCGGCUUCUGCUGCUCCUGCGGCGGCUGUGGCAGCCCCCGAGGCCCCCGAGGCCCCCGUCGAGGACCGACAACAACUCCGAGAGGACAGCCCAGCCAAGAGCCGUAACUCGGAUGGCGCGGAGACAGACAACCUUCCCGGAGUCAAGCUGGUCGAGAACUCAGCCCCAAGGGUGACUGAGGAUGCCACAGAACAGAAGAAGAACUAAGAGCGGACGAGGAAACGAAACGAAUAGAAUAAAAUAAAAGGCGGGGUGUGGGAAUGGACGGAGCUAAAAGAAGGCAAUCGAUCCUAUGGGAUUGUUUUCAGUGUAUUCUAAGCAGGCACCUCUUGGUAAAGGGGCCUGAUGUAUCCAACGCUGUAUGAAUGGGUGCGGAAAAAAAGGUCAUAGGACGGUAGACGGCUCGCAUCUACAUUGUAUAAACUAGGGGGCUAAUUUACGACAUUCAACUUUG